GUGUGACGUCAUUGACGCGCGCCACAACAUACGGUGUGUAUGGCGCCAUCCUAACAGCGUGUGUUUUGACUAGGUACCAAGCAAGAGCUCAAACCAGAAUAGUUUUGAUUUUCCAGAACAGAUCCACCUUAGAAGAAGUCAGUAAUGGACAUCCACAGUGCCAGCUCUGUGGUGCUGCACGCGCUAACUCAGGCCUCCAGCCAAGACACGGCUGUGCUGAAGCCGGCCGAGGAGCAGCUCCGGCAGUGGGAGACGCAGCCUGGGUUCUACUCUGUACUGCUGAGCAUCUUUAAUAACCACAUGCUGGAUGUAAACGUGCGCUGGCUCGCCGUGCUGUACUUCAAAAAUGGCAUCGACCGCUACUGGAGAAGAGUCGCCCCACAUGCGCUGUCUGAGGAAGAGAAGACGUCUCUGCGAGCCGGUCUCAUCACCAACUUCAAUGAACCCGUCAACCAGAUAGCCACUCAGAUCGCGGUGCUGAUAGCGAAGGUGGCCCGGCUGGACUGUCCGCGCCAGUGGCCCGAACUCAUCCCCACCCUGCUGGAGUCGGUCAAGCUGCAGGACGGCCUUCAGCAGCACAGGGCCCUGCUCACCUUCUACCACGUCACCAAGACCCUGUCCUCCAAACGGCUGGCCGCCGACCGCAGGCUCUUCCAGGACUUGGCGUCGGGGAUCUACAGCUUUGCGUGUUCGCUGUGGAGCCACCACACCGACUCGUUCCUGCAGCAGGUGUGUGCCGGCGAUGAGGCCGCCGCCCUCAGCUCGCUGGAGAGGACCCUGCUGUCCCUGAAAGUGCUGAGGAAACUGACGGUUCACGGGUUUAACGAGCCGGUACAGAACAUGGAGGUCAUGGGCUUCCUGAACGCGGUGUUUGAGAGACUGCGGCAGUUCCUGGAUUGCUGUGAGUGGGGACCUGGAAGCAUCUGUAGGGAGAAGCUGGAGAAGACCGUCAUCCUCUACACAAAAGUUCUGCUGGACUUCCUGGAGUGCCACCCCGUGGCGUUCAUCCCACUCAUCCAGAGGUCGCUGGAGUUCGCCGUCAGCUACGUGUUCACGGAGGCGGCCGAGGGCGUGGUCUUCGAGAGGUUCAUCGUGCAGUGCAUGAGCCUCAUCAAGAUGAUCGUUAAGAAUGACACCUACAAGCCCGCCAAGAACAUCGAGGACAGCAAGCCAGAGAGCCUGGAGGCACACAAGAUAAAGACGGCCUUCUUCACGCACCCCACCCUGACGGAGAUCGGCCGGCGCCUGGUGUCUCACUACUUCCUGCUCACACAGGAAGAGCUGACCAUGUGGGAGGAGGACCCCGAAAGUUUCGCUGUGGAGGAAACAGGAGGCGACUCCUGGAAGUACAGUAUACGGCCAUGCACAGAAGUCUUGUUCCUGGACAUCUUCCACAACUACAGUCAGACACUGACCCCUGUUCUGCUGGAGAUGGUGCAGAACCUACAAGGACCAACGAACGUGGAAGAGCCAGGGAGUCUGCUCAUCAAGGAUGCAGUGUACAAUGCAGUGGGUCUUGCUGCUUACGAGCUCUUUGACAGCGUGGACUUCGCCCUGUGGUUUCAGAACCAGCUGCUGGGAGAACUGCAGGUCCAUCACCACAGUUAUAAGCUGAUCCGGAGGAGGGUGAUCUGGCUCAUAGGACAGUGGAUCUCUGUGAAGUUCAAAUCGGACCUUAGGCCACUGCUGUACGAGGCUAUACUGGGACUGAUGCAGGACCCUGACCUGGUGGUGCGGAUUGAGACGGCCACCACCCUCAAGCUGACCGUCGACGACUUCGAGUUCAAGACCGAGCAGUUCCUCCCGUACCUGGAGUCCAUCUUCGGGCUGCUGUUCCAGCUGCUGCAGCAGGUGACCGAAUGCGACACCAAGAUGCAGGUGCUCCACGUCAUCUCCUGCGUCAUCGAGAGGGUCAACACCCAGAUCCGGCCCUACGUGGGCUGCCUGGUGCAGUAUCUGCCCCUGCUGUGGAAGCAGUCAGAGGAACACAACAUGCUGCGCUGUGCCAUCCUCAGCACCCUCACACACCUCGUACAGGGCCUCGGGGCGGAGAGUAAGAACCUGUACCCGUUCCUGCUGCCUGUGAUCCAGCUCAGCACCGACGUCUCCCAGCCUCCCCACGUCUACCUGCUGGAGGACGGCCUGGAGCUCUGGUUGGUGACGCUGGAAAAUAGCCCUUCUAUCACGCCGGAACUUCUCAGAAUCUUUCAGAACAUGUCCGCCCUUCUCGAACUCAGCUCCGAAAACCUCCGCACAUGCUUCCAGAUCAUCAUCGCCUACACGUACCUGUCAGCCACCGAAUUCCUACAGAACUAUGCAGAGUCGCUGUGUCGCUCCUUUUGUGACGUGCUGAAGGACAUCACUACAGAGGGUCAGGUCCAAGUGCUGAAGGUGAUAGAGAUAGCUGUAAAGGUCAGCCCUGUUCUGGGCUCACACAUGUUCCAGCCUGUCCUGCCCUCAGUUCUGCGGGGGAUCGUGGAUGGAGAGAGGUAUCCGGUGGUGAUGUCCACGUACCUGGGCGUGACGGGCAGAGUCCUGCUGCAGAAUUCCGGAUUCUUCUUCACCCUCCUCACGCAGAUGGCUGCCGACUUACAGCAGGAGGCAGACCAGCUCCUGGGCAGUCUGAUUGAGAUGUGGGUGGACCGCAUGGACAACAUCACCCAACCGGAGAGGAGAAAGCUCUCUUCACUGGCCCUGCUGUCUCUGCUGCCCUCAGACAACAGUGUGAUCCAGGACAAGUUCUGCGGCAUCAUCAAUGUGUGUGUGGAGUCGCUGCACGACGUGAUGUCAGAGGACUCGGAUUCCGGAACCUUCAAAGACUGCAUGCUCAUGUCCAGCACGGAGGAGCCCAAACUGAGCGACGAAGACGAGCCGCCCACGGAGCAGGACAAGAGGAAGAGGCUGCUGGCUCUGUUGGACCCAGUGCACAGUGUGUCCCUGCAGCAGUGUGUGUAUGAGAAGCUAAAGGCGCAGCAGCAGCUGAUGGGGGAGACGGGGUUCCAGUCGCUCAUGGAGACGGUGGACUCCGAGAUCCUCCGGCAGCUCCAGGAGUUCCUGCAGGGCAUGUGACCCGCUGACAAAUGACCCCCCCCCUCGCCCCAGGGGUCCCCGUGUGCGGGGCGGGCCGGGGGCGGCCCAGGGGUACCGCGCGAAGAAGGCGGGUUGGACCCGAAACGCUCCGCGCUGCUCAUUGGCCGAUGGACACCGGUGUAAAGGAACGACUCAGUGUUUACAGUGUUUCUGCAACAAGAAGAAAGAAACGCGAGUGUAAUUUUUGUAUUUAUGUAAACUACGGAGGCUAUUUCGCAUGUCAGUGCUUUUUUUGUUUAGUUUAGAGUUUUCUCACUCAGCCCCAGAUCAGAAAAGAUUCAGAUUUCUUUGGCAUUCCCCUGUCGUUGUCAGACAGCGUCAUCCGCCGCCAAAAACAGACCUCGCCCUGCCUCAUGAGCUUCAGCGGCUUCGCUUCCCCCGCACGCCUUUCUAACGACGCGCACGUCCCAACACUAGGCACUACCAAAUAAAACGCUCCGCUACACUUUUCCAGGUUGCCAGAGGGGGAGGAAUAGGAUGCCAGGUCUGAGCAGAAUCCCCCCUGACUAAGAGGCUUCAUGCCCGAACUGCCCAGCUGGGUUCGACCAAUGGGGGCUGCGGGAUUGGAGCGUGAUUACGUUGCCAUAUGAGAGAUCGCCAUGUUGGGGGAGGAGGAGGGAUUCGAUGCCAUAUCACAGAUCCUGCUCCCUCAAACUGUACAUGUACACACUGUGAUUGAGCCCAGUAGCAGAAACGAUUAAAAUAAUGCAAGUAAUAACAAAUAAUAUCAAAGGCCUUAGACACCAGGGAUCAUCAAAUCACAGUCCUCGAGGCCUGGGAACUGCCGGUUUUCCGCCCUCCCUUUACCUGGGAGUCAGGUGUGUUCACCCUCCCUUUACCUGGGAGUCAGGUGUGUUCACCCUCCCUUUACCUGGGAGUCAGGUGUGUUCACCCUCCCUUUACCUGGGAGUCAGGUGUGUUCACCCUCCCUUUACCUGGGAGUCAGGUGUGAAGACAGACUGGCCUGUCAGUAGCGAUGACUGUUCAGUUAAUUACCCAGGAGAAAAGAAAACCAGGGCCGGGUUUGGAUCCAAGGGCUCGAUUUGAUCAUCUCUGCUUCAGGCCGUCUCUACGCCUUAACCUACCUACCUACCUUUGACAUUUUUGAAACUGUUUUUGUGUUUUAUUUCGAUUUUCCCAGAUCAUGUACUGACUGAGGUAGGGUUGCCAAAGGGGAAGGCAGAAAGGGAGUGUUUCUGCUUCUGCUCGUAAUUAGCUUAGCCAGCACUGUCAUUUCUCAGCAAAUAAACAUCAAUAAAGCAGUACAUGGUUGAACGACUACAAAA